ACAAUGACAAAGGCUGCAGCCAGUAAAGUGGCAUCAUGUGCACAGCUGAAUUGGAAACGUGUGAUUCGUGUCUGAGGAGGAGGAGGGCUGAAGGAGGGCUGGUCCUGGGCCUGUUCUGGCAGCAUUACAGAUUAAGUUGAGGUCUUGUGUGCAGCUGCUCUGAGCUCUGAAACCAAACGGGGGUGAAAUCAAGCUUCCUGUUGACCUGCUCCACCAGAUUCCUCCAGAUUUAUUCUCUGACUGAGCUGCGUCAUGUUUCCAAACGUCCCUCUGUACCCGGGCGGCUCUGUUGUAAGUCCUGGUUCUGCAGGUCUGCCUCCUGUUGAUCUCAUCUCACUUUCUCACGUUGUUGUUCUGUGUUGACCUGCAGAGGGGGGGCACCAUGCCGCUGGCCCGCAGGAAGGUCAGGGUGCUCUGCGUGACGAUGAUGCUCAAUGUCUUCAUCUGCGUGCUGGUGGGCGUGUCUUGGAGCCUCGGGCGCGACCGGAGCGGCCGCCACAAGGUCCGCAUCCCCUUCAAGAGGUUCUGGCGCAAGCAGGAGCAGAGCAGAACCUUCUGGAACAGGGAGCAGCAGCGCCUGGACUUCCUCCACAACCCCGUCAUCAGCGGCGGUGAGUCCCUCGCCAAGCUGCCGGACUGGCUGAACGACACGGGGCCGCUCGACCCCUGUGAGCCAGACUACAGAGUCCCCACGCAGGUUUCAGACUACAGCAAGCUGCCGCAGCGCUUCCAGGACUUCCUGCUGCACAUGCGCUGCAGGACGUACCCCAUGCUGAUCAACCAGCCUCACGUUUGUGACGAGAAACCUUUCCUGCUGCUGGCGGUCAAGUCUCUCAUCCCGCACUUUGACCGGCGGCAGGCCAUCCGGGAGACGUGGGGCCGGGCAGGCGUCGUGGCCAACCGCACGGUGGUGACGGUGUUCCUGCUGGGCAGCACGCUGCCUUUGGACCACUUCCCAGACCUGCUGGGGAUGCUGGGCCAUGAGGCGGAGCUCCACAAAGACCUGCUCCAGUGGGACUACAGGGACACCUUCUACAACCUCACCCUGAAGGAGGUCCUCUUCCUGGAGUGGUUCAGCCAGAGCUGCCCCCAGGCCCGCUUCGUCCUCAAGGGGGACGACGACGUCUUCGUCAACACUCUGCGGAUCAUCGAGCUCCUGGAGGGCCUGUCGGACUCCAGGGCCAAGGAUCUGUUCAUAGGGGACGUUAUCAGCGACGCCGGGCCGCACCGGAACCAGAAGCUCAAGUACUUUGUCCCGGAGAGCGUGUUCGUGGGACGGUACCCGCCGUACGCUGGCGGCGGAGGGUAUCUGUACUCCGGGGAGGUGGCGCUGCGUCUCCACAACGCGUCCCGGCAGGUCGUCUUGUAUCCCAUCGACGACGUCUACACCGGGAUGUGUCUGAAGAAGCUAGGCCUGGCUCCGGAGAGGCACAGCGGCUUCAGGACGUUUGACAUCGAGGAGAAGUUCCGGGACAAGCCGUGCGUCUACAGGAGCCUGUUGCUGGUGCACAGCCGGGGCCCCCAGGACAUGCUGGCCAUCUGGCCCUGGGUCGUCCAGCCGGAGCUCGACUGCCAGUGAACACGUUUCUUUUCACUGUUGAAAAGUGUUGAAAAACACUGAGUUUGAUUUCAACAACAAAAAAAACCUCCGAGUUAGUAUUUUAAAGCAAAACGAGAUGAUUCUAGUGUUGAUGUUACUGUGAUCUACUGCGUUCAUGGAUCAAAAGCUCAGGACAGAAGCAUUUCUGCACAAAUUCACUUAUAGUUUUAGUUUUGGGUCUUUUCAUGCAGAACAUAUGGAAAAUAUAUGGAGUAAUAUAAUUAAAACUACAAUAAUGGAGGCGUCUUGACAAAUAGUGAAGGUCAUUUCCUCAACGACGGGAGCAUAAAUCAAACGUUAUUAUAAAAAUGUGCAAUCAGUGGUGGAAUUUUAGAAAAGUACAAUUUUGAGGUACAGAUACUUUACUUGAGUAUUUCUAUUUUAUGUAACUUUAUACUUUUACUCCACUACAUUUAGCUGACAGCUUUAGUUACUUUUCAGGUUGGGAUUUAACAUAAAAAAACAUGAUAAAUUGAAAGUGAUUAGACUUUUUAAAACCACAUUAAGUUAAAAUGAACACUAUCUCUGCUUCCUUAAAUGCGUCAAUAAUAAUAAUUAUAUAUAAUAUAAUAUAUAUAAUAAUAUAUUUGGAAUAUAUAAAACAACCUGUGGAUGUUCCUGGUGAUCUCCUGGUGAUCUCUGGCGUCUUCAGGACGGAUUAUUGGAUUAUUAGCUUCGGCACAACACUUUUUAGAGCCCAAAAGUCCAAAUUCUUGCAUGUGUGCUAAAACACCAACAGACUUUCUCAGUUGUUUGAGUGUUUGUUUGUUUGAGCGUCCUGACUGCGAUGCUGCUGGUACUGAGUGUUUGUGUUUCUACAUGCAGAAUAAACGUUUAAAUGAGCAAUAAAUCACAUUUGGUUCACACAAAACAUGAUGUCCUCUCUCUGUUGCUGCUAUUGUUUUGGUUAAGUUUUAUCCCCCAAGUUUUGAUAAAAAUGUAAAUAAUAUGCUUGUUUUGUUAAAAUAAAUCACUUUAUUUUUCUUGUAAUGUUAAGCAUCUUAA